ACGAGGGGGAGGCUGAAAUAUGACGUUUCUAUUUAAUCAUGGUAUCACUAGGGAGGGGAUGGGAAGAAAGUGCUAAGCUACCCGAAACAUAAACCAAGUCGGCAUUUGCGCUGCACGGGAACAAGUGAGCACGCCGUCCUCUGCGCACACUCACCCACCAGAGGCGGCCAGCCCAGCCGGGACCAUGAGCGAGCGUGGCCCUCGCACGGAGGCCUCCAUGUUUUUGGAGGUGGACCGCCUCGAGCGCGAUGACAACGAUGAAGACAAGAUGGCGCACUACGACGACGACAAAGACGAUGCCGACCUGAUGUCGGCACCCUCGGGCUCCCGCGUCUACGACCGCACUACGGUGCUCAUCGAGCAGGACCCCAUCCGGCUGGACGAGGAGGGAGAGGAGGACCAUGGACACUGCGUGGGGGACGACGACGGGGGCACUUUCCUAGUCGACGGGGACCUGGACGAGGAGGACGAGGAGGAGGGCUCUAUGACCUUCAUGGGCGACCAGGACGGCAUGUCGCAGGGAUACGUGCAUCACACCAUCUCGCCCGACCAGAUCCAGUUCAUCAUCAACCCGGGGUCCAUGGCCAUGCCGCGCAACAUCGAGGGGGCCACCCUCACUCUGCACUCCGAGUGUCCAGAAACCAAGCAAAGGGAGGUGAAGAGGUAUCAGUGCAUGUUUGAGGGCUGCACACGGACCUACAGCACGGCGGGCAACCUGCGCACACACCAGAAGACCCACCGGGGCGAGUACACGUUUGUGUGCAACCAGUUGGGCUGCGGCAAGGCCUUCCUCACCUCCUACAGCCUGAAGAUCCACGUGCGCGUUCACACCAAGGAGAAGCCCUUUGAGUGCGACGUGCAGGGCUGCGAGAAGGCCUUCAACACCCUGUACAGACUGAAAGCACACCAGAGACUGCACACGGGGAAGACGUUCAACUGUGAAUCAGAGGGAUGCACAAAGUACUUUACCACACUCAGUGACCUGAGGAAGCACAUUCGCACUCAUACUGGGGAGAAACCAUUCCGGUGUGACCAUGAUGGUUGUGGCAAGGCGUUUGCUGCCAGCCAUCACCUAAAGACGCAUGUACGGACACACACAGGGGAGAAGCCUUUCAACUGUCCCAGCGACGGUUGUGAGAAAGCAUUCAGCAGCCAGUACAGUUUGAAGAGUCACGUCAGGGGCCAUGGGGCUAAGGGCCAGCCCUUCAGUGUCACCCUCACCCACCCCUUGUCCGAGGAUGCAAAUCAUUCACUGUGCCUCAGUGACUUGAGCCUCAUCUCGACUGACUCGGAGCUCAGAGAAAACAUCCACAAUUCUCAGAACUUGGACUUGAGCAGUGUUACCCCCGUGAGGAUCUUCGAGCUCAUGUUCCAGAGUCCGGAGAACAGUGUUAGUCAAGACGAUGCACAUCCUCACGAGCGCCUUGUUGAAGCCUUUGGCCAGGAGACUGGCCAGUCCACCAUGGGCGAUGGAUCCACCCCCAUCUCCUUCUCGUUCUCCCUCGUCCCUUCCUCCUCAUCCUCCUGUUCCCACUCCCACCCUCACUCCCACACCACCACCACUGUCCUUGAGGCUUCCUCCCAGAUCCCUCUAAGCCAAACCCCCUCUUCCCAGACUCCAGCACCUCCUGCCCCCAUUAGUAAUAUAACCACAGUCAGCUCUACCCAGCACCCUGCCACCUUCGUACCCUUACCCACUGCCCUGCAGACGCCAGAUGUGCCUGCCCCCUACGUGGCACUGCCCGCCCAGACUGCUCCAAUAGUGCCCUCUACUGUGCCAGUAGUGGUGCCAAGCCCAGCCCUGGCCAACGCGGCUCUGGGCGCUGUAGUCGCCACCACAGAGACUGUGCCGCUGCCGGCCGUGGCUCACACUCACACCGUGCCUUUGGCCAGCAACACCAACCCUGCCCUGGUGCCCCCAGCCUCUGCCCCCACUUUCACCCCAAGCCACAGCCACACCCAGAGCCUGCUGCAGCCCAGCAUCGUCAUGUCCGACCAGAACCUGCAGUGGAUCCUUAACACCGCAGCCAACAACCAGCAGAACCCAGAGCAAGCGGCACACGGAGGUCCAAAAGUAGAGAAGGUCUUCUUUACCACAGCCAUACCAGUGGGAGGAAAUUCAGGCAACUCUGUCCAGCAGAUCGGCCUCAGCCUUCCCGUCAUCAUCAUCAAACAGGAGGAGUCAUGCCAGUGUCAGUGUGCCUGCAGGGACUCUGCUAAAGACAAGACCUCCAACAAGAGCAGCAACGCCUCGGCAGCACCACAACAACAGCCCGCAGUGCCCCCCACUCCUCCACCUCCCCCCGCUCCCGUGGCACUGCCCUUUCCCCCCGUACUCCCCCCGGCGCCCUCUUUCCCCUUGUGCUGCCUCCCACCGCUCACCUCAGAAGUGAACGAGUCCCUGCCUCUUCCCCAAACAGGUGCAGUACUAGGACCGGGUAGCCCCUCGACCUCUGUACAUACGUUCUCCACAGGGGUGGCCACGGCGACCACCAACCCCCCUCCUAUCACGGAUGGUUUGGCCACCAUGGACGUGUCGGACUUCCUGUCCCUGCAGAGCCCCGAGAGCAUGGCCAACAUCGAGGCUCUGCUACUGGUGACCAGCAGUGACGACUUCACUAUGGCUGGCGCUAGCACCACCAUCAACCCCUAGUGGACACUCAGGCUUUGUCCCUAUUCUCCACCCUUCUCUUGCAUACUCCCAGUCAUGGAUUUAAAAGCAUUGAGUUGGUGUAAGCAUUGGACAGAGGGAGUUUCUACCAUUGUUAAAUUAAAGGGAGUGUGCAAAUGCACACUUUAGGAGAAGGAUGUAGAAUCAGGACGCAGCCGCACUUUCCGAUUUACCCACUACACGUCCGCUUUUCCAGUAUUGUAAGUGAAACUUAAUGAGUGGGCUUGUUUUGGAAAAGCAGCUAAAUGCAUGCCAGUCUAGAAAAGUGUUCUUAAUUGGCUGGCUCUCCAUCAAACAAGACACUGUCUUGAAAGGCCCUAAGAACUAUUGUCGGCUUCUAAUAUGGCGUGAAGCUGAUUCCUGAGAGAAGCAAAACAAAACAUUGUUGUCUAUAUCCAUGUACUGUACAUUAGUUCCUAACUGUAACUAAUACGAUUAGUUGGUAAGUGAUUGACCAGAAUGCACUGCAUGUGAAGUGAAUUGGAAUUUCAUCAACUAUAUUUCCUACAAGGAAUUUGUGGCAGUUUUGCCAUUCCCUUAAAAGCAAUGUAUUGCUAAUGCCAUAAUGUGAAGAGUAAUUUCCAGUGUUUUAUAUAAAUUAGCUAGUGUAGUCCAGAUUUUUGUUUUGUCUUUCGUCUCGCUUUGUUAGUUUUUGUCUUUCUUUACAGGUAUAUUUACCCAUUGAAAAAGAAAUUGCCUGUGACACAAUUUGCUUGACUUUUAAAUAUAAUUUAGAAGUCAAUACAUUAGUAAUAAUACUUUUUUUAAUUAUUGGAGAGAAAAAAUCUAAAUCUCUGACCUUAGACUGUCAUCAAGUCUCAGCUUAUUGAUCAUCAUUGUUAAUUUAUUCCACUUUUCGCCUAAGGUUUCUUUUUUAGUCCCCCUUCUGUUGUUACUGAUUUUUGUUUUAUGGAGCCCCGCUCAAUCUAAGUUUUCAGAAAGCCGUUUUAACACUGCACCUUAUUGCAAUUAAUUGUACAUCGAGGUUGUCAAAAAAAGGUCCUCAAUGGUAUUUUUGGUCUGCAAAACCUCUUCACAAUGAAAUCAUGGAUCAAGGAUGAAAAAAAAUUGCUCUCAAACGUGUUUCUCUAUGAAUUACAACCCACUCAGGGAUGCAUCAUGGCAUAUCUAAUUUAUACAACUUGAGAUUUUCCUUUAUUUAAUAAGAGAUUGUCCAUUUUAGACAUUUUAGCAGUCAACUGCCCGGAUGCCCAUCGAUUGUAGUAGCCCCCUUUUUCGGCUGCACUCUCCCCUCUUUGUGCACUGUCUAAUAUGACUAGUUAUCUGCGUUAUUACUAUGACACUAUUUGAAUACCACUGCGGUCAGAAGUGGUUUGUUUCUGAAGGGUGUUGAUGGUGUAAAUACGGUACAUUUAAAUAUGAACACUUACUCCUUCAGAUUGUUUUAGAAUGUAUAUAAUUUUGAAUAUGUAGACUUGAACCUUGGAGACUGAAGACGAUAGCCCAUGCGCUGCCCUUUGUCUUUGCAUUCUGCGCCCAUGCAGAUGCUCACACAUCUUAUGCAGAAGAGUUUAAAAUGAAGCCUUAUAAUGGUUAGUUUUAGGGCCAUUGGCUUCUGUGCAGUCAACAUAGUAUUUAUUUUCAAAUGCAAGCAUAAGUAACUUUCUUGGAAUAUAUGACGAUAUUGUUUCACAUGGGACAUAAUGCAAUGAUUACAAAAUUGGAGAGAAGGCAUUAUGCCCUAAUAUCGUGUGUAGAGCAACCUAGCCUUACUACAGGAUAUCUCACUUGCUGUGGCUUACUGAGCUGGCUCCUUGCCUUGUCAAUCUUUGCCAAUGGCUUGAUUUGGACACGCUGCCUGACUACUUCCUCUUGUUAAUCUAGUCUUGUUCGAUGCCUUUUUAGCAGCUGUCUACAAGUGGACAACAGUACAUUAAAAAGAAAUACGUCAUUUUUGGUUUGAAGAUUUAACAUAUUGUGCCAACAAAUCAAAUGAUCCCCCGAUUAUUAUUUUUCUAUUGUAAUUUUUUAUGUGAAGAUGUUACUGCAGAAAUGUACUGUAGACGGAAAAAAAAAAAAUGUUGUAGUACUGUAUUGUAGACUUAAUACUUUAUUUUACAGAUCAAUACA